AUGGACCAGUCACUUUGUAUUCAGGACCUCGCCGAUGAGCUGUUGAGUGAAAUUCUGGCAAUCUUAUUGGAACCUACGCGAGCCCUAAACGGAAAAUUGUAUACCAACGGGAAUCAUAGCAAUGGGGAAGGUCAACUCAAAUUUGUUAGAUACGGAGAGACUUCCGAUCUGGAUCGAUUUCGCCUAGUCUGUAAACGGUUCAUGCGGAUCGGCACACCUCGAAAGUUCGCGCGCUUCAACUUGCGGUUUUCGAAUGAUGGGUUCCGGCGACUUGGGGAGCUACUGGAAAUGCAGCGAGCCUGCUACGUUAAAUCGGUGACAUAUCUCGUGCGACCCUUCUACCAAGGCGGCGGGUGGACAUCAAUCUUUGAGCAACUCGGCACCGAGAACCCAUCCAUCGCACAAGUUCACCGACAACGAUUGGACGAACAAAUAAAUCUUAUCCAAAACAACCAAGAUCUCAUCCAGCUUCGCUCGGGGAUUGCUGCAUUUUCAGAACUCCAGGAGAUCAAACUGCUGCGUUUGCAAGACGAAGCCGACGAACACUUGAUCGAUUUUAUUCGCGAUCGUUCCAUCCGCAAUUUUGAGCGCACCAAUACAAGCAUUGCUCGGUUCGAGUGGGAAUCGGCAUGUUCGCGCGCAGUUACAAAUCUUGGGAUCGCCCUUUUAGGCUCUCAAUGUACCGCCAUCAGAUUUAUCGGUCCCCAAAUCAGCCCCGAAGCUACUCUCAAACUCCUGCAAGCGCCUUCCUCCACUCUAGCCGCAAUGGGAAGCCGUCUGACCAGCCUGGAUGUCAAUUUUCAUUCCAAUACGGACAUUACCGCCACCAUGUCGGACCUAUCUAGCGUAUUUCACCGCUUCUUCAUCGAGGCCAAGAACCUUGUCGCUAUACAUAUCGGCUUUCCUCCUAAAACCCCACUUGAUUUAGAUCUCGAUGCUAUUUUCCAUGAUAUUCGUUGGAAAACACUUCGCUCGCUCAGUUUGCAGGGAUGGCGUCUGAGCGCCGACGAGAUCAUCUCCUUGGCCCGCCGACAUCGCCGCCAACUUCGCGAUUUUCGCUUAUGCGCCGUCUACCUUCGCCCUAUGGGGCGUUGGAAAGACGUACUCAGGGUUCUCCGCGAAGAAAUGGAACGUCUAGAUCGAGUGGAGCUCUACGAUAUAGACUAUGCAGAUCAUUUUGACGCAUUAUCCAUGACUAGCGGCAUCGAAGUCUUUGAUACAGACCUCGCACCACCGUCGUCCCUUUCAGUUGAGGCUGCUACGUCAUUUCCAGAGCAAUCUUGGGUCUCGGGGUCUGUACCUAGUGCUUCUGUCUUCUCGCCAUUACAUGGGAGGCGACUACCCAUCCGACGCACUUCGUUGGAAAAAUUACGCCAUCUUUCAACAGAUGAUCUCCAAGACAAUGGAUAUAGUGUUCAACAAGAGCAAUUACAGCUCUGGGCGACUUGGGUUCUGUCUGCGCAACAACGAAUUCACAGCAAUAGACAUGGAAAUCAUUGGAAUGCCUAUCAUAUUUAA